CACGGAGAGCACGAGCAUCAUGUUGGACUCCAUGAGCUCGCGCACAGUGCCACACUGCUGAGAUUUGCUGUUUUUUUUCAGAGCGCGCGAGCUUUACGGAGCAGGUCGGUGAAGGAGGCGGUCAACAUGGACGCUGUUUCCGUCCACAGUGAGCGCGACGAUGCUGAAAUAAAGGCGAGCUCGACAGAAGGACCUGCUCUGAGUGAGAUCCCAAAGCUGUCGUUGUGCCCUCCGGACAGUGAGGACCCAGAGUCUCCAACAAAUCAGGGCACCAUAGAGCGGGACCAGAUAAACAACCUGUCCAGACCACCGUCCUCCUCUCAGCUGUAUGACCAAGUGUCACAGAGCUGUGCCUACCAGUCACCUCAACUCAAAAGAUGCCCAUGCUGUGGCCACAACCAGCCAAUCACAGGCAAUGUCUGUCUGAAUCAAACAAAUGCGCCUUCACAUUCUGACUGCUCAACCAACGCUGUCAAGACAGUUCACAGGUGCAGUCCCUUCCACCAGCCUAUGUGUCACAACACAAUGCAGUGUCAUUGGCUGCAGGGAUCACGUGAUGGCAGUAACUACAAGCCUGUUCAGCAUCAUGUGGUGACAGUCAGGACUGAGAGACUCCACAGGAUUCCGAAAAGCUACUCCCAGGUCAUAGUGGAAUACCCAAUGACAGUGCUUAUCUCAUGUGUGGUAGUGCUCCUCACCUUUUCCCUGGUAGGGAUUUUGACUGGUCCCUUGCCAGACUUCUCUGACCCUUUAUUAGGUUUCGAGCCCAGAGGAACAGACAUUGGGAUUAGAAUGGCAGCAUGGACAAAGCUGCAGGGAAGUACUGGGCCUGGGAAAGCACUAUCUCUGACUUCUCCGCAAUCUGCAGACAAGAGCACAGCACGAGAGGUCACGAGUAGAGCUCAGCAUCACUUAAAACAUCGUUUAAGAAGAAUGCUGCACAGAGACUCUACUGAGAACACGUUUUUCUGCAAUGCUCCAGGAGAUCGUUAUGCCCAGCUGGUCUUCCGCUCGGGAAACUCUGCCAGUCUCUGGAGUCUGAAGGCAAUCUACUCCAUGUGUGAGAUGGAACGGACCCAGUUACGCUCAGAUGCAUAUUUUGAAGAACACUGCCAGGUCAAAUCAGAGACUGCUGGCACCAAGUUUAAGAGAGAAUGCUGUCCAAGCUGGUCUCUGGGAAACGCCUUGGCUCUCCUCAACAACGUCUCAUCUUGCUUCAGUCUUACAGCGCAGCAAGUGACAGACAGUUUAAACUUGCUCAGAUACUGCGCUUCUUACUACCAUGAUGGAAGCUUGGUUGCAUUGUGCGCAGAAAGAAACAAAUAUGGCUACUGCGCAUCUGUCCCACUCGACUGCAAGCGCUCAAGCAUCAUCUAUCAGAUUCUACAUUACCUGGUGGAUAAGGAUUUCCUCGGGCCCCAGACUGUUGAAUACCAAGUUCCAUCCCUAAAAUACAGUGUUUUGUUUCUACCGGUGGCAAAAGGAGAUGCAUUAAUGGAGAUGUAUUUGGAACAUCUAGAGGGUAAUGAACUCACAUAUAACAACAUCACUAUAACAGGGAUGGACCUCGGGAUUAAGCAAAAGCUUUUCAAGUUUUACCUCUCACGAGAUUCUGUCUACCCAAUUCUAACCGUCCUUGCGCUGCUGAUUACAAUGGCCUUAUAUCUUAAGUCACUCCUUGUGUCAGUUAUGUCACUGGUUGCGGUCACAUUGUCACUUUUAACAUCUUAUUUCUUUUACAAAGUAGCGUUCGGCUUAAGAUUUUUCCCACUCCUCAAUCUUGCGGCAGUUCUUAUCCUUUUGGGAAGUUGCUUAAAUCACGCCUUCACAUUUACUGACUUAUGGAAGUUACAACUGAGCCAUAAUCCUCCAGCUGCACUAGAAAAGAGAAUGCACCGAGUCUUACAGGAAAUGGGGUACUUGAUAUUGGUAUCCGGACUAACAUCUAGUGUCGCGUUCUACUCAGGCUACAUAAGCAGCAUCACAAUUGUAAGGUGUUUUGCUGUGUACCUUGGUAGUGCCUCUUUAAUCAAUACACUAUUCACUCUUGUUUGGCUACCCUGCACUGUUGUUUUGCAAGAGCGUUAUGCCGAAACAACUUCAACUUUCGCUACUAAGCCACCAUGGAAGCCAUGCUGUUCAAAAAUUCCAGGGGGCUUCUGGGAUACAAGUUCAAGGAAGCGGUGCCUUUUCACAAUGGGACAGAAAAUUCGAGGUCUUAAACGAGGUCUCACUGACACAUCAAAUUUGCUUUUCUUAAAAUUCCUGCCCUGUGGUGUGGUCAAGUUUCGGUACAUAUGGGUCUGCUGGUUUGCAGUGCUGGCUGCAGGAGGAAUUUACAUAUCAUGUGUUGACCCUGGUAUGAAACUGCCAUCUUCAGACAGUAGAGCAACGCAACUGUUCCGCUCAAGUCAUCCUUUCGAGAGAUAUGAUGCAGAAUACCGCCACCAGUUCAUGUUUGAGCGAUUAAAACAAGGAGAGGAUGAGCCUAUGUCCCUGACUCUCAUCUGGGGCGUCAUCCCAACUGAUGAUGCUGAUCAUUUCAAUCCAAAAGGCAACGGCUCCUUUGCCAUGGAUCCAGAAUUCAAUAUGACUAGUUCUGAAGCUCAACAGUGGUUGCGAGAGCUGUGUGGGAAAAUCAGAAACCAGAGUUUUUAUUUGCCAUCACCAGCAGAACAUGAAGCAGUGGAAGACAAUGCCUGUUUUGUGGAAGAUUUGAUUCACUGGGUGUCUUUACGCCGCUGUUCCGAGAGUGAGGAUGCAUUCAGUUUCUGCUGCAACAAUAUUUCCUUCCCGUACCCUCCGAAUGUUUUUGAGCAGUGUCUCAAAAUGAUGUUGGCAGAACAGCAGGCAGCGAGGCGUUCGCCCAGAAAUGGAGGUCUUCGAUUUGAUUCACACAGUCAAGUUGCUGCCCUUGUUGUAGUAUUUAAGACCUCACAGCUUUACAGCUUCAACUUUAGCAGAAUGUCACAUUUCUACAGUCAGAUUGUGUCAUGGUUUAAUAAGGAAAUUGCAGGAGCUCCACCUGGACUCCAGAAAGGAUGGUUUGUGAGCCAAUUAUCAUUGUAUGACCUCCAGCAAUGUCUGAGCUCAGAGACGUUGGAGGUUGCAGGCUUUUCAGUAGCACUUACAUUUGCAUUGCUUUUGCUUACCACAUGGAAUAUACCUCUAAGCAUUUAUGUGACUGUUGCUGUGGGAGGCAGUGUUUUUGCUACUGUUGGCCUGCUUGUGCUUCUAGAAUGGCAGCUGAACAGUGUGGAAGCACUGUUUAUUUCAGCUGCUGCAGGACUCUCUGUUGACUUUGCAGCCAAUUACUGCAUUUCCUACUGUCUGGCCCCACACACCGACAGACUGGGCAGGGUAGCACAUUCCUUGAAGAGAAUGGGUUGUCCAGUAGCCACAGGCGCUGGAGCCUAUUUUUGCGUGGGGAUCAUCAUGUUACCUGCAACUGCACUGCUUUUCAGAAAGCUAGGGAUUUUUCUCCUUCUCGUGAAGUGUGUGGCAUGUGGAUUUGCCACUUUUUUCUUUCAGUCGCUCUGCUGCUUCUUUGGUCCUGAAAAGAACUGUGGGAAAAUAAUUAUACCAUGUGCAACAGAGCGAGCCACGGAAAAUAUGCUGUCUUCAUGCUCAGCUGCUGAACCUGGAACUGCCAAUCCUUCAGCUAAUGGGGCAUUCGGCUGUGGCACAGGAUCACGAGGCAGAAGGAGCUUCAACAAAGAAGGCGGCGGAGGAUUCCUGUGCCCAAAUCAGCAGCGUCACAGGCACCAGCAGGCAGGGGUGAGGAGGGAGCCAGAGCAGUAUGAGCUGCAACCACUAGCCUGUCAUCUAAGUGACAGCUUUGAAAAUAGCACUUGCACCAGCAAGCUAUCCAACAGGCCUUCUGUCCUUUCGGAUGACAUAGAGUUCUGUGGUCUCAGUCCAAAGCGAGAUUACGACAGGAUGAGCAUGGAAGCUGACAGUGAGAUGGGCAGCAGGCACCUCAAAGGGUGCAACCCUCCGCCAGCACUCCAGACCUCCUCCCCCUACAAGGGGAACGUACUGCGACCUGUAGUGGUUCCUCCAGGUGAUCCUGCAAAGGAGAGGCUUUUGUGCAAGAAAUGUCGUGGACAGUCUGUUGCCGGAGUUAAGCUGUGGAACGCUUCCUUGUCAUCAUCCUCCAGCAUGGAUGAUAUCAUGGUCACCGAGACUACGAGUACUGUCAAUAAGAGGUCGCUUUCUAUGGAUGGUACAACUACAUGUCAUCCACACAAACGACUUUUGUCAUGUCAGUCGCAAAGUUCCUUUGAAGGACUUGAAGAUUCUAACGAGACGUGCUUAAGUGACAUUGAGCCCGCCGCCUCAGUCCCUCCAUCCACUGUGAAUGAGGGAGAGCUACGACCAGGUCACCUCAAUGGCAAGAGAGAUACUUUGCGUCUGUCCCUGAGGCAAACAGUUUACGACCUUGCUUCCCCAGGGACUGGCAGGGGGCGGACAAGCCAAAGUGAGCUGCCCGUGAUACUGCCAAACAGUAAACCUGAUAUGCCGGAUGUUUGGAUCAAGAGGGAUGGGAAAGGCGAGGACAGCAGCUGAUCGAAACGUUCGGUAGAUGAAACCUCACUGACUGUUCUCAGCAUGUCCACUUGUAAUGCUGUGGUGAACUUGUACAGAGCAUCCUACAAAUUAUAACAGUAUAAAAGUUAUGAACAUACCUGUAAAUGCCUACUGGACACUACUGAUCUACGAACACAAUGAUAUAGGCCACACAUUUUUGUGGAAUCCUUCAAAAGUAAUUUCACACUGCCUCCACCAGUGAUUUUGACACAGAUGUUACUUAAAACUGGGGGACCAAUGUCAUUGUAUGUCUUACUGAAUAAGCACUACAACAGCCUGUCCCCUUGUGGCCUUGUGUUGCUGUUUCCUACCACAAAAAUUGUAUAAACUCUCAAAGGAUUUUGGUGCCUGAACCUUUACGCAAACAAGGCCAGAUCAGUUCACUUAAGCCUUGUCCUAAAACAUGUUGUCAUUGUAUCUGUUUUUAUUUUGUUCAGAACCACACCAAGGCAAAUACUAACCAAAGGCCUAGUGAAUAUUUUACAUUCAGAUAUUCAAAGCCCUUGAUCUUAAGCAACCAAAUUAUUUGUAUUGUUUUGCACAUUAUUUGGAACACUUUAUCUUAUUUACAUACAUUAAUUUUAUUUACCAGAGACAUGAUUAUUGCCCACACACUGUGUUCAUUAUGAGAUGUAAUACCAAUAUAGAUUUAUUAUAUAAACAUUUUCAGUUUUUAUCUAAACCUAAACUAAGAGUUCAGACAGUCAAGAUAUACUAAUGACAGUCUCUAAAUAUCAAAAAGCCAUAAAAAAUGUAACUAUAACUUUCAAUUAACUAUAAAGGCAGAAACAGGUGUAACAUACAAUCAAUACUUCUAAGGUCAGAACUCAGUAGACAUUUUUCAACAAAUGUCUACCCAGUCAACUAAUAGCUGAUACAGGCAUGUCCUACAUCUGCAUAAUAAUUAUUUUUUGCUCAACACAUUGCAGUGUAUGUCCUGUCUUUACAUGUCUGUAUUUGUUUAAAUGAUGUAUGAACAUAAGAGUGCAAAGAAAGUUGUAACAUGGUGCAAAGUGUGGUGCUGCUGUGUUGUAUAAAAAUUUCUGAAUGGAACUUCUUAAAAAAAUAUUUAACAGUAAUUCGUAAGGAAUGUAAAAAAUAAAAACAAAAACCUUUUAGUGAAAGAAGAAAUAGUUUUUAAUCAAGCAAUUAAGCACUCAAAGGCUGAACACAAGUCCCAGUUUGAUAAUCAAAGAAUUGUUACUAAAUCAAUGAACUGUUUAAGAAGAGAUGGUCCUCUCUGGCCAGUUAUUACUAAAAUGGGGUCAAUGUUUUCUUGGAAUAAUGGCCAAUAAACAUGUCCACAAUGCUGUCCUACCUUUCUAAUGUGCAAAGUGCCAAAUGUAAAAGUAUCGAUUAUUUGUGCCAAACUGAGUGCUGCGUCGAGUUUUUUGUGAAAUGUACUAUUACAAGUUUAUGUUGAUACUGUUUAAUGUCAGAUUUAAAGAGUUUAAGACAGAACUAUGAUGGAAACAUGAUGGAAAACCUCAAUAAAGACAUAUUUUACUGA